AUGGAAGCUCUCUUGUCACUCGCUUUCGACAACCUCUCCUCCUACGAUGGACCCAAGAUCCGAAAGGGUCUGCGCCAGGUAGAAGGCUUGCUGGCGCAAAUCUGCCUGUCAAACGCUUCUUCGGGGCGAGGCCGAUCCUCUUCCUUGUCUUCGAAUGUGCCCAACGACGACGACGAUGCCUCCGCCGUGGCCCCUCGCAAGGAUCUCGCCCAGCUCACCCAGGACCCGGCCUUUCGCGAGUUCUUCAAGCUGCAGGAGGGAUUCGAGUGGAAUGUUGCCAUGCGUUUGAUCAGCACGCUGGAUAGGCUCAUGGCCAAGGGCAGCGACGGCCAGAAUGAUUUACUCAUUCUCAGUGCGCUUGACCUUAUUCAAGGUGUCACCCUGCUGCACCCUCCCAGCAAAUCUCUGUUUGCGCGGGAACAAAAUAUGAAUCUCUUGUUAGAUCUCCUCGAACCUUACAACUGCCCGGCGAUCCAAUCUGCUACCUUGCUGACUCUCGUCGUCGCUCUCAUUGACACACCCAACAACACACGAACUUUCGAAGGGCUUGACGGCCUCAUGACCGUUACUUCUCUCUUCAAAUCGCGAUCUACCUCUCGUGAGGUCAAGCUCAAGCUCGUCGAAUUUCUUUACUUCUAUCUCAUGCCCGAAACACCCUCGCCUCCCCGCGCCGACCAGCGGGAAUCUGUCUUCCAGCGCAGCCCCUCGAAGCUUGUUGGCUAUGGCGUCGACGGUAGAAACGGCCGCAAGCGUGCUAACAGCAACGGGGUCAUCACACUAACCACUGCGGAGAAGCAGCAGCUCCUGAGUCGCCAUCUUAGUAGUGUGGAAGACUUGGUCAAGGAUCUGAGAAACUGCGCGCCUUUUGGCGGUAUUGUAUGCUGA